AUGAGAUCUUCUAAUCAUUUGAGGGAAGCCAAGCCCCCGGGCAACUUUCAAUACAGGCUUGGCGACGGCUUCGUCCGUCUCAAGUUGCGUGUCCUCGAUGAGUUGGUGGCCUCUUCAUUGGAUCAGUCGGCCGCGAUAACCAUCCUAAUCGAGGACGGUGACAAGCUGUCGGCAGGUUAUUGGCCAUCUAAGGGGUUCCGCCUGAUUACGAAAUACGAGAUGGGGACCUGCACGCUCAAGGACCUCAAAAAAUUCGACGACUGCGAACCGUAUGGCGUCCCAAAUGAGGAAUACGUCAAACUUCUCCGCAAGGAGAUCCGAAAGCUAGUUGAAUCGGCAUCUCGAGAGGAGCCUUACCUCUUUGACAGUAACGGCCACCUCCAGGGAGUAUCUUCAGGCGACUUCCACGAUAUAUCCAAUAUUGUUGACCAGGUCCAGUGUAACUUUGCCAUCAUUUCCCAUGACAACUCUCAGAUUGCUGUUGAAAAAAUGGGGGCCAACAGUCUGGCGGAUUCUAUCAAACAGUUCAAAUUUUCAAGGAAGGUGCUGCUGCGCCGAUACGCUGCGGAUGAAGAUCAAAUCGAGGGUAACCAACCCAUCCUGCUUGAGCCGCCGUCCCGGAAUCGAGAAUUGUACCACGCCAUGGUGGACUACGUUUUAGGCACAAUUGCGAGAUACUGGGUCCGCUGUGCAGUUGGGAGAUACUGGCAGCAAGACAUGUUUGCCGUUUUGGCAGCUUGGGCAGUAAAGCUCAAAGUAACGGCAUACGACCCAGUUGAAAACGCCCGGAUAUCUUUGGCCACCGGAGAAGAUAUCCUUGACGAGUUUGUGUCGGGCGGACUUGUGCCAAACGCAGUAUCCGUGAAAGUGAAAAAGGCUGCCAAGGGAAAGAAAGGCUGGGAAGAAGAGAUUUUAGCGCUCAACGAAAGGGACGACCUUACGUCCCACUACUACAUGGAAAAGGAGUUUUUCCGGGGGGAACUUGAGGCCCUGUUCUACUCAGUCGUCGAUGGAUUGGCCGAGGACAAGAGCCGGCGGUUCAAGGGUCCCGUUGGGGGGUUCGAGAGCUGUCAAUUGGUCUACCGAACCGGAUUAAGCGGCUUCACAACCUCAGUCAGCAACAAUCGGCGAGGCCACCUCAGUUGUACCAGCGAGCGCAUGCAGAUUUCAUUCAUUUACAGCGGUGUGCUGCUAAUGAUGACGAAUCUAAGGGGUGUUAUGCAGCGGGAAGCGAUCGGUCUCGCUCGACGCGAGGUCGGGGCUAGAUUCACAUGGAAAUGGUACGACGAGGGGGAGACAUCGAUACAGCCUGAAGGAGCCUACGAUCUUACGAACAUGGAUGAUAUUGUAACCCUCGUCGUCGCGCAGACGCUCGCUACGCCAAGCUCAGCUGUAACAAUGGCUUCGGCGGUAUAUCUUGUCUCGACCUUGUUCGAACUCGGGGCAGAAGACGACGAGCCCAUCCUACAAUUCGAGCCUCCACCGCGACAAUUCCAAGCCGUCUUUCAACUUGCGACCGAGGAGUUCCGGCGCAAUCAGCAAUCCUUCGGGAAAAGAAAGUACCAAGAUCCAUUCUGCCGCUCCCUGUUUGAGGGCCCAUUGAAGCAUGGAAUUCGAGCCGGGACCAACACGCUGCUCCCAACUGAUUCUGAUGCGGCCAAAGAUAGUCGGGACGUCCUCGGUGAAUACAGGCGGGAACAAGAAAUUAUGAAAAACUGGGUCAUUGACGAGUUUUCCAUCACAAUCAACUGCCGGUCUUACGUCGUCAGCGUCAUACUCGGUGCCGCUUUACUUGUCUGCGGCGCCAUGGCAGUCCCGUUCUCGGUCGGGGCGAAAAUCAACGGCGUAGACCCUUUCCAGAUCACGUCCUUCAGCUGGCUUCUCGCAGCAUUCCUCGUCGUGCUGGCCAAAUCGCGCUUCGUCAACCAGUGGCCGUGGCACGACUUUCUCCGCGGCCGUAUCGUGUGCUCUAGCAUCAAGGAGGUGCAAGACGUAAGCGGAAUCCCCCCACAAACUAUCCUCCUGUACCUUCUCCAUGGCGAGAGCGAGACCAUACUCAAGACUAGAGGCCCGUACAACGCCCUGUUUCGACAGGCUGAUGAGGGGAGCGGCGGAUUUUCUAUCGACGUGCCAACCACUCUGUCGACUGUGCUGGCUAGCGGCUUUAUCGUCCUCAAAGUCGUUAAUGAGAACGGCGAACACCUGGUCUGCAUAGAUAUUAGAAAAGAUGCCGAUGCGCAGGCGGUAUUUCAGGAUUCUGAGGAGACGGACAAAUAUCUCUGCUACAAAUCAGUGGAUGAGGAUGAGGCAGAGGUCGAGGAGCAACACGUCGAAGAGGAAGAGGAGCAAGAGAGGACUGAAAGGGGAAAUUCAAAGGGGAGAACAACAGGAAGUUCUCUUAACCGAAUGGAAAGGCCAACAUUGCUACUUUUCAGGGAAGUGAUUGGGUGGAGAAAAAUCUUGGGGCUUUAUGUACGUGAUGUUCAGUUCGGCUAA